AUGGCUGAAAAGUUGCUACUAAGAGCUUUGAAGGGUGGUGGAAAUACUAAGAUUGUCACCUUGAAUGGAAAGAGGUUGACAAAGAUGCCAGCAGGAUUGGAAUAUUUGACUGGCCUGAGGAAGUUGGACCUUCAGAACAACCUCAUCUCCCAUAUAAGUGAAGAGAUAAAAUACCUAACCCAGCUGACAACAUUAAAUUUGGGGAAUAACCAUUUAAAAGAAGUUCCAGCAGAACUGAAAUACCUUACUUUCCUGAGGCAGCUCCAUUUAUUUGAAAAUAAUAUUCAUACAUUUGUGGCUGAAGCGUGUGAUGGCUUAGAAAACGUGAUCCUGCUUAAUUUGAACAACAACCAGCUUACGCAGAUUCCUGAAACAUUCCAAAGAUUAUCCAAGCUUAAAUUUUUGAGCAUAAAUCGUAACAAACUGACCAGUAUUCCUAAAGAACUUUGUUUCCUGAAGAAUCUAUCUGAACUUCAACUUAACUACAAUAAGCUAACUCGUCUACCUGAAGAGAUUAAACACUUGAAAAAACUCCAAAAGCUGCUUCUGGUCAGGAACUCUCUUGAAGCUUUACCAGAGGGACUUUGUGAUCUCAAAAACUUAAGAAUUCUAGACAUAGCUGGAAAUUUUAUCCAGAUUUUUCCACAUGGGUUUCAGAAUAUUAAUCUGAAGGAAUUCUAUUGUGAGGGGAAUCCAUUGUUUUUGAAGCAACCAUUUAAAGCCACACAAGAGAUUUAUGUCUGGAGCCUACAGGAAAUAGCAGCAAGAUUUAUAACAUAUCAACUAGCGGUAAAAAAUGAUUUUUUAAUGCAAGCAAUAAAAUGGUACCCACAGAUCAAGGACUUGAUUUCUCAAGCAAGAACAUGUACAAUCUGUGGAAAGUCAUUUUUAACAACAUGGCUGGAAUGUGUUGAAUUUGUUCCUCCUAAUAAGAACUGGAAGACAAGUGGAAAUCUUCAUCUAGUACCUCUUCGAGUCUUAAUUUGUUCUUACAAGUGUUUUGGUCUACGGAACAAAAAUGUCUUUGGGAUUGCUAAAGUAUAG